CUUUGUUGUAGAAAGGACAUAGGGAAGUUGUCUUGGAUAACCCCGACUAUUCUACAUAGAGAAGUCGAAGGUCUUUGCAGACAAAUUCCACUGGUGUUAUUUAGUUGGCAAACUUUGAAGUGAAAUGGAAACUCCCGCAACUUCUCUAAAUGGUGUGGAAUCAAAUCCAUCAAAAACAGUUGAGGAAGAAAAGGUCUGCCCUGUUGUAGAAAGAAUUAGUCUUCCAGAGGAAAAGGGAGAAAAUGAAGAACCUGAAGAAAAAGAAGACAUUAAGAAGGAUGUGAGCAAACAACAAAAUGAAAUUGAUGAAAGUGAGUUAGAAUUUCCAAAAGUUGAUGUGGUGGAGGCUGUCAAGGUCGCUAUUCAACAAUAUGAUAAUGUUGAUAAUGUCAAUGCAGUAUUUUCAGCAUGUAAAACUGAUUUAGAAAGAUUCAGAGUUUUAUAUUCCAACCCUGUCAUUUACGAUGCAGUUGAAAUAAAAGAAGAUUUCAUAAUUAAAGAUUUAGAAAUGGCUAAAAAACUUAGAACUGAUGGCAAUGAGAAGUUUAAAGCCAAACAAAAUACUGCUGCUCUUGCACUUUAUUCAAGAAGCAUAAUAAUGGCUCCUCUUCCAAAAGACGACAAUUCACCAGAACUCUCUUUAGCAUUUGCAAACAGAUCGGCAGUUUUGUAUCAUUUAGAAAAAUACAUUCUUUGUCUACAAGAUAUCAAAAUGGCCCUGAAGUACCAAUAUCCAGAAAAGUUGAAAUACAAAUUAUAUGAAAGGAAAGGCAAAUGUUACUACUAUCUGAGACAAAAGGAAGAAGCCAUUACAGCUUUCGAGGAUAGCAUGGAACAUUUAGAAAAUUCAGGAUUCGAUCAAAAUAAAAGUGAAGCAAUAGAAAAUGACAUUAUCAAACAAGUAAUGAAAGCUAGAAAAAUAAAGAAUUCUGUUCCCUUGACAAAAAAGGUUCAAGAUUUUAACCACAGCCAUGGUACAGUGCCCAGAAUUUGUAAUCCCAGUCAUGAAAUACCUUGUACAUCUGACUCGUUAGUAUUGAAAUAUUCUCCAGAUCGCGGGCGAGGUAUAUACACAACAAAAGAUGUUGAGGUCGGUGAACUUCUUAUUUUUGAACAACCGUAUGCCUCAGUUGUCUUGGAAAGUUAUGAUCUAAGUCAUUGUUGUAACUGCUCUAAUCGUGUUUUUGCUCCCAUUCCUUGUGAGUACUGUAGUGGCAUUAUUUUCUGUAGUGAAGAGUGUCAGAUUGAAGGUUGGAAGCUAUACCAUUUUGCAGAAUGCAAAGUUCUUCAAACAAUGCAUAAUACCGAAUUGGGUCUUGGACAUUUAGCUUUGAGAAUGGUGCUGAAGGCAGGUUUACAGAACAUACUUCAAAACAGCAAAAAUUAUCCAGAGAAAAUCAAAUCUGAUGUGCUGAGAAUGGGCUUUAACAAAGAUGGCAUUUACAGCUCAGAUGAUUAUGAUACUGUAUAUACCCUAGUGAAACACAGUGAGAAACGCUCUUUGGGUGACUUGUUUAAGAGAACAGUGAUGGCCAUUUUCUUGGUAAAGUGUCUUGAAAAAAGUCUGACAGCACAACCUCUUGCAUCAAAAUCUCAUCUUCCUGAAAAGUGCAUUAUUGGCAGCCACAUUCUGCGUCACAUUCAAAUGUUGCCAUGUAAUGCCCACGAGGUAUCGGAAUUAGAUUAUCGUCAAUUUGACCUACCCAAUUCACAAACUGUUGAAAUUGGACCGGCUAUUUAUGCAACGCUCAGUUUGAUUAAUCAUUCAUGUGAUCCAAAUGUUGUGCGUCAUUCAUAUGGGAAUAAUUGUGCUGUGCGUGCGAUAAGAAAUAUUCCGAAAGGCACUGAAAUAUUUGAUAAUUAUGGAGCGCUAUCACCUCUGUGUUCGAAAAAGGACAGGCAAGAGAAGUUGAUGUAUCAGUAUUAUUUUAAAUGUUCUUGCAAGGCAUGCAUAGAAAAUUGGCCACUAUACUUUAAUAUUCCCAGUGAAGUGCCUUUCUUCUAUUGCGAAAAGUGUUCUGGUCCUUUGGUGGUACCCGAAGAUGGCAAAACCCAACGCACCAUGUGCGAAAAAUGUAGAUAUGUACAGGAUAUGACACCGAAAAUAGAUGUUUUCAUGCGGUCUGAUGAAAUCUUUACAAAAAAGUUAAAGGAAAUAGUUAAGGGUGAAGUUACAUCAGAUGCUUUGGAUGUUUUAACUGAUCAUUUACGAACCCUUGAUAGACUGAUUGUCAGACCAUUUGCUGAUUAUAAUGAUUGUCAAGAGGCUAUUAAACAAUGUUUAAAUCUUCAGGCCAAUUGUAAGAAACGUGACAUUUUUAAUUGAUUAUGUGUUCCACCAUAUUUUCUAGUCAGAACUCAGAAAAAAAACUACUGUGGUCAAUUAUUUGGGUUUAGAGAGAUUAACAAUUAACAAUGAAUAAUGACAAAUAUUCACGUUUUCAUAUAAAUUACAGUGCACAAUAUCCCUCAACCUACUGUAAUUGUAAUGUAUGUCAAAAUUUUUUAUAAUAGUAUUUAUAUUAUUUAUUCUUUUGAAUUGUUGUCCCCCGCCUUUCGAAGAAAGCAGGGGACUAUUAAAAUGGGUUCGUCCGUCCGUCUGUCUGUCCGUCACACUUUUUGGGACACAAUAACUCUCUUCCUAAUUGAGCUAGAAUGUUCAAACUUGGUGUAUGUGUUUAUUAGGUCAAUGCCUUGAUGGAGUUCGAAGAUGAGCAUUUUCCGCUUAGGGUAAGCAGAGAUAAGCAAUUUGAUUGGUUGAUGCUUUGGGACACGAUAACUCUCUUCCUAAUUGGGCUAGAAUGUUCAAACUUGGUGUAUGUGUUGAUUAGGUCAAUGCCUUGAUGGAGUUCGAAGAUGAGCAUUUUCCGCUUAGGGUAAGCAGAGAUAAGCAAUUUGAUUGGUUGAUGCUUUGGGACACGAUAACUUUUAAUUGAGCUAGAAUGUUCAAACUUGGUGUAUGUGUUUAUUAGGUCAAUGCCUUGAUGGAGUUCGAAGAUGAGCAUUUUCCGCUUAGGGUAAGCAGAGAUAAGCAAUUUGAUUGGUUGAUACUUUGGGGCACGAUAACUCUCUUCCUAAUUGAGCUAGAAUGUUCAAACUUGGUGUAUGUGUUGAUUAGGUCAAUGCCUUGAUGGAGUUCGAAGAUGAGCAUUUUCCGCUUAGGGUAAGCAGAGAUAAGCAAUUUGAUUGGUUGAUGCUUUGGGAAACGAUAACUUUAGUUCUAAUUAAGUGAGAUUGAUGAAACUUGGUGUAUAGAUUUAUUAUAUGAAUACCUUAACUAAGUUCGAUAAUGAACAUUUUUUGCUGAGGGUAAGCAGAGUGAUAAGCAAUUUGAUUGGUAGAAACUUUGGAACACAAUAACUCUCCUUCUAAUUGAGGUAGAAUGUUCAAACUUGGCAUAGGUGUCUAUUAGGUGAAUGUUUAAACUUGAUGUAUAUGUAGAUGUUCAUUAGGUGAAUGUCUUGACUGAGUUCAAUAAUUAACAUUUCGAGCUGAAGCUAAGCAGAGCUAAUCGAUUUCAUUUGUCGAUGGUUUGGGACAAGAUAAUCUUGAUUCUAUCUGAUAGAGAGUGAUGAAACUUAGUGAAAAAAAUAAAUGUGCGAUUAAUUAAUAUGUGUCAUCUAUUUAUUUUGCAAUUUCGGCGGGGGACAUCAGCCUCACUGUUGGCUUGUGUAAUUUACUUCUGGUUUACCAUUUUACAAAGGAAUUGGGUCACUUUUUUUUUGGAUUAAAACAACUAAAACAUCUGGUGUACAAAGAUCCAAAAUAUGAAUCUGAAAAACUAAGAAGGGUGUGUCAAAGGUCAUUGGCAUUUAGUAAUGAGCUAGAAUUACCCAGGGCACAUGGUUGUGUCUUCUAAGCUCAAAGAAAGCAUGCCACAUGCUUUCAUCUGUGAGAGGAAUGGUGCUGUUUAUAUUUAUCUCACAAAUUGUCCAGAUGCCCAGUCAUCCUUCAAAAUGUAUUCUAUGACUAACUGUUCACUUAAAAUUACUACCUUUGAUGCAGAUUAUUGACAUUCUAUUCUUUCAUCUAUUAAAAUGCAUAAUCUGAAGUGCAAAUCAUUUUAAUAACUUUAAUAGGACAUGAAGGAGGACCACACAGUAUGCAAACAAAUCCAAUAAGACAAACCUACAUACAUUGCAAGGAAUAAACAAUAACAUUACAAUUUAAAGCACUGGCGUGAGGUUAUUAAGGAUCUGCAAGGGUUGAAUUACUCCUUCAACUUGUCAUUGGCUCGGCAUCUGACACACUUCUAGGUUGACAAACUAGCUGCAAACCAGAAUAUCUGCCUAUAUUUGAACUUUACACACAGGAUAUUUCGCUCACUAUCGUGUUUAUUAUUUCGCAACACUGACCAACUAUUAAAAAAGUUUACAGCCCACUGAUUUCCGCUCAAAGUAUUUAUGGGCACAGCAUUGUUGGCACAUCCACCGACGUUUUGUCACUCGAAAUUGAAAAGCGUUAUCAUUUGUAUCUUCCUCACAAUCCGAAAUAUCCCAGUACAUUAAAUCCUUGUUAAACAUUUUCUGCAUAAAUUCUGAACUUUGACUAGCUUUAAUUAAUUCUUUGUCAGAAUCUUUUUCAACCGUAUUUUCUACAAACUGACAUGCUCGGAUCAGUUCGUCGUUUGUCUUAUCAACAUUGCACAUGCCAGUUUGUGAACACAUGAUUACUGAAUAUGCAUUUCCAACUUACUUGUUUUCUUAAAUUUGUCCUAUGAUAGAUUUAACAUUGAUGUCGGUAUGUAAAACAAAUAUUACCCUAAUACCCUCGGUCGAUAUGUGAAAUAACUUCCGGUCUUCAGAUUGGUUAUUUCACAUUUCAAACCGCGAUUUGGGUAAUAUUUAUCUCAUGUCUGCACACCAGGAUAUUUGUCUAUUUUUGAACCAUGUCUGUACACCAGGUUAUUUGCCUGUAUUUGCACCAUGUCUAGUAAUAAUUAUGUUAUGGAUAGAUAUUUUGUACCUAAAUUUAAUUUGUAAAUGUAAUAUGUAAAAAAGUGUGUAGUCCUUAAAAUUUGAGAUGCGUUGAAACCUUCAAAUGUGUGAUGCUUUCUUUAGAUUUGUUUUGUGUACAAUUCUAUUUUGUAUAAAAUUACUAACUGUUAAAAAGUUAUAAACGAU